AUGGACUUCCAAGGUUGCUGCUUCCCAGUGGCCGAUGCAGCCUGCGGCAACGAUGCUGAGUUUGCUUGUGGUUCUGGAGCCCAGGAGAGCAUCUCCUGGGAGGUGCAGCGCUAUGAUGGCUGGUACAACAACCUGCUGCACCACAGCUAUGGCUCUGUGGGAGCCAGGCUGCGGCGUCUCCUGCCAGCCAACUACGCUGACGGCGUCUACCAGGCGCUGCAGGAGCCCCGCGUGCCCAGCGCUCGCCAGCUGAGCAAGGCGGUGGCGCGGGGACCCUCGGGGCUGCCCUCCCGCAGGAACACAACCGUGCUGGCUGUCUUCUUUGGUUUCCAUGUGCUCUUGGACAUCCUGGAGACAGAGAAACCCGGCUGCCCUGCUGAGUUCCUCAACAUCCACAUCCCCUCUGGAGACCCCGUGUUCGACCCCGCCGGCACUGGGGAUGUGGUGCUGCCCUUCCAGCGCAUCCACUGGGCAGCAGGGACGGGGCAGAGCCCCAACAACCCCCGGGAACAGACCAACGAGAUGACAGGCUGGCUGGAUGGUAGCUCCAUCUACGGCCCCUCACACUCCUGGAGCGAUGCCCUGAGGAGCUUCCAGGGGGGACAGCUGGCAUCAGGGCCCAGCAGGAGCCUCCCGAGGCAGACAGACGGGAGGGUUCCCAUGUGGAAGGCACUGGAUCCAUCCACGGGACAGGGCGGUCCCCAAGGGAUCUACGACCUGGGGAGUGCCUGGGGGAAUGAGAACCCCUUCCUGCAGGCUAAGAGCAUCACCUGGUUUCGCUACCACAACCAUCUGGCCACAGCACUGGCCCAGAAGCACCCUGCCUGGUCCGAUGAGGAUCUCUUCCAGCACGCUCGCAAGAGGGUCAUCGCCACUUUCCAGAGCAUUGCUCUGUACGAGUGGCUGCCGACCCUGCUGGGCACACAGGUCCCGGAGUACCAAGGUUACCAGCAGCACCUGGACCCCAGCCUCUCUCCUGAAUUCGUGGCAGCUGCAGGGCAAUUCCUGGCCACCAUGGUGCCUCCAGGGGUUUACAAGAGAGACACCAGGUGCCGGUUCCAGAACGUGUCUGUGUCCGGCGGCUCGUUCCCAGCAGUGCGGCUCUGCAACAGCUACUGGAGCAGAAAGAGCCCGGGGCUGCAGCAGGCAGAAGAUGUGGACAGCCUUCUGCAGGGGAUGAGCUCACAGAUAGCAGAGCGGGAGGACAACAUUAUGGUGGAAGAUCUCCAAGAUUACUGGUAUGGGCCCCUGAAGUACUCCCGCACUGACUACGUGGCCAGCUGGAUUCAGCGUGGGCGAGACUUUGGCCUGCCAACCUAUAACCAAGUCCGGCAGCAUUUUGGGUUGAAACCUCUCCAAAACUGGUCAAACCUUGCCCCUCACCUGGAGCCACAGGUCCUGCAGAAGGUCGCUGCCCUGUAUGGCAACAACAUGGCUGGGCUGGAGCUGCUCCCUGGAGGCAUGCUGGAGGCUGAUGGCUCCCUCUUCUCUACCAUCAUCCUGGAACAAUUUCUGCGCCUGCGUGAUGGCGACAGGUUUUGGUUCGAAAACACCAAGAAUGGGCUGUUCACAGAGGAGGAAAUCAGGGAGAUCCGUAACACCACUUUUCACAGCGUCCUGACUUCUGUCACCCAUGCCAAAUCCACAGAGCUCCAGCCCCAUGUGUUCACUUGGAGAGAGGGUGACCCAUGCCCCCAGCCCCAGCAGCUGACAGCUCAACACCUAGCCAACUGCACGCCCAUGAUGGUGCUGGACUACUUUUCAGGCAGUGGCGCAGGCUUUGGGAUCAUCAUUGCUGUCCUCUGCUGUCUGCCCCUGGUGACUCUGUUUGUUGCCUGGGUUGUUGCCGCUUUCCGCAAGAGAGAUUUCAGGAAGCUGCAGAGGAAGCAGGGCACCAGCUUGCGCAGGGAGGUGUCCGGCGAGGCCAUACACGCCAUGGAGUGGCAUGGGCCCAAGACAGACAAUUGUCCCGUCUACAUUCAGCUCCAAGCUGACAAAGUGCUCAAAGUGCUGGAUAGCAGAGGAUCUGUGCUCCGGAGCAUCAACCUGAAAGCCCACCAAAGAGUGGAGGUGAUCCUCUCCAACAACAAAGGGAACAAAGCUCUGCUCCUGAAGAGCCCCAAGGAGUACGACCUGGUGCUGCUCUUCAAUGAGGAGGCUGAGAGGAGCAUCUUUCUUGGGAAGCUAGGAGACUACUUGAAGGAGAGCAGAUUUGACCUGCAUCUGUCUGAGAUGAAGGAGCAGAGCCUGAUGAAACGGGCAGUCACCCAGGAACAGAGAAAACAAAUUCUAGAGACUUUCUUCAGGCACCUGUUUGCUCAGGUGCUGGAAAUCAACAGAUCCGAUGCCGGGGAGCUCAGCUUUGAAUCUUCACAGAAGGCAAAGGAGUCUCUUACCUGUGAGCUGAGCAGGGCUGAGUUUGCUGAAGCCUUGGGGCUCAAAGAGCACUCCAUGUUCGUGGAGUCCAUGUUCUCCCUGGCUGACAAAGAUGGCAAUGGCUACAUCUCCUUUCGGGAGUUCCUGGACAUCUUGGUGGUCUUCAUGAAAGGGUCCCCAGAGGAGAAGUCCAAGGUGAUGUUCAGGAUGUAUGACAUUGAUGAGAAUGGGUUCCUCUCCAAGGAGGAGUUUCUGAGGAUGCUCAGGUCCUUCAUUGAGAUCUCCAACAACUGCCUGUCAAGAGAGCAGGCAGAGCAGGUGACCGAGUCCAUGUUCCGGGCCGCGGGUUUUCAGGACAGGGAUGAGCUGACAUGGGAGAAUUUCCAUUACAUGCUGCGGGACCACGACAGCGAGCUUCGGCUCACCCAGCUCUGCGUCAAAGGUAUCCCUGAGGUCUCCAAGCAAAAUUUGCACAACUGUGUCUCCUUCAUAAAAAAGAGCGAGCCAAAAGGGUAAGCUCCCUUCCUUAGUAUUGCUCCUGAGAUGGGAAGCCAAGAACUGAGGAAGAGACCAGGAAGAAAGGCGAACCAGUACCAGCUGCAUCUGUACACGGAAGCAAAACGGAAGAAGUUCGAGAGGAGCAGAGUCAGGCAGAAGAUCCAGGAGUUCAAGCGCUUCGUUGAGAAUUACCGGCGCCAUAUCGUCUGUGUCAUCCUCUUCUCCGCCAUCACCGCUGGCGUCUUUGCCGAGAGAGCCUACUACUAUGCCUUCGCAUCUCCCAGCACUGGAAUUGCACAGACCACCUUUGUGGGGAUCAUCAUCUCCCGGGGAUCAGCUGCCUCCAUCUCCUUCAUGUACUCCUACAUCCUGCUUACCAUGUGCCGCAACCUCAUCACCGUCCUGAGGGAGACCUUCCUCAAUCACUUCAUCCCCUUUGAUGCCGCCGUUGACUUCCACCGCUGGAUUGCCAUGGCAGCCCUGAUUUUCUCAGUGCUCCACACUGCAGGUCACAUAGUGAACGUCUACAUCUUCUCAGUCACACCUCUUAGUGUGCUGUCCUGCCUUUUCUCCACUGUCUUUACAAAUGAUGGGUCACAGCUCCCACAGAAGUAUUACUGGUGGUUCUUCCAGACUAUUCCAGGCAUGACAGGAGUGCUGCUGCUCGUGGUCCUUGCUGUGAUGUACGUGUUUGCCACACGCCACUUCCGGCGCGUCAGCUUCCAGGGCUUUUGGAUCACUCACCACCUCUACAUGCUGCUCUACAUCCUGGUCAUCAUCCAUGGCAGCUAUGCACUGAUCCAGCAGCCCCGUUUCUACAUCUACUUCAUCAUCCCAGCUCUCAUCUACAGUGCAGACAAGCUGUACAGCCUGAGCAGGAAGAAGGUGGAGAUCAGUGUGGUGAAAGCCGAGCUCUUGCCCUCAGGUGUCACACACCUGCAGUUCCAGCGGCCACUGGACUUUGACUACAAGUCUGGGCAGUGGGUGCGCAUCGCCUGCGUGGGCCUGGGCACCACCGAGUACCACCCCUUCACACUGACCUCGGCCCCGCACGACGACACGCUGAGCCUGCACAUCCGCGCCGUUGGGCCCUGGACCACCCGUCUGCGGGAACUCUACUCUCCCAAGAACCUGGCCCUGCUUGGCACACUGCCCAAGCUCUACCUGGAUGGGCCCUUUGGAGAGGGCCACCAGGAGUGGAACAAGUUUGAGGUGUCGGUGUUGGUGGGAGGAGGCAUCGGGGUGACACCCUUUGCAUCCAUUCUCAAGGACCUAGUCUUCAAGUCAUCCAUAAACUCCAAGCUGCUAUGUAAGAAGAUCUACUUCAUCUGGGUGACACGCACGCAGUGGCAGUUUGAGUGGCUGACCGACAUCAUCCGGGAGGUGGAAGAAUCAGACAAGAACAACUUGGUCUCUGUGCACAUCUACAUCACACAGCUGGCUGAGAAGUUUGAUCUGCGCACCACCAUGCUGUACAUUUGUGAGCGGCACUUCCAGAAGGUGCUGAACAAGAGCCUGUUCACGGGGCUGCGCUCCAUCACCCACUUUGGGCGCCCUCCCUUCGUGCCCUUUUUCAGCUCACUGCAGGAGGUGCACCCCGAGGUGCAGAAGAUUGGGGUGUUCAGCUGUGGCCCACCCGGGAUGACCAAGAGUGUGGAGCAGGCUUGCCGGCAGAUGAACAAGAAGGACCAGACCUACUUUGCACAUCACUAUGAGAAUUUCUGA